AGCUUGACAAACAGUUAAAAUAAAGAUUUCUUCGGUGUGGUUUUGACAUUUGUCCAAGUGAGACAUUACCCUCAUCCACAGCAAGCUAAUUAAUUGUGGGUAUUCUUCCGUGUGCCGAAGGGAGGUCAGCAAGGAGCCACGGCAACAUGGCCAGCGCGUACAGAGGAUGGCUGACCGUGGCGGGAGGCGUCCUAAUACACCUGACCCUUGGCACUCUCUAUACAUUUGGUAACCUCUCUCCUUACUUGACUUCUUACAUCCGAAAGCACAGUUCCCCAGAUCUUCAAUACACAGACAGUGUAUGGAUCUUUGCUGUUACUGGCAUGGGUCAGGGUACAUCAAUGUACUUUGGGGGUGUCCUUGAGCGACGGUUUGGGCCACGCAUCACUGUCAUCAUUGGAGCUUGGUUUAUGAGUUUAGGGGUGCUUCUGACAUACUUCACAGUGCAGUAUUCUUUUGAGGCAGCUGUGGUGACCUAUGGCCUUAUGUUUGGCCUUGGAAUUGGUGUGGCAUAUGCUGUUCCCAUAGCCUGCGGAAUGAGGUGGCUGCCAAAGAAAAAGGGGCUUGUCAGUGGGUGUGUCGUGGCUGGAUUUGGAGCCGGAGCAUUUAUUUUUGACCAGGUUCAGACAGCUUUUAUUAACCCAGACAACAAGGCACCCAAUGAAACUAUUGCUGGAGAAAAGUAUUUUUCUCAAGAGGAUGUGCUAGAGAGGGUCCCCACUAUUUUCCUCUUGCUAGGAGGCUGCUAUGCUGCAAUGCAGUUGCUAGGAGUUUUGCUCCUUUCAAAUCCUCCUCCAGAUUAUCUGGAGAGCUCAUACAUUUUGCUUCAACCAAAUAAUCAGAAUCAGCCAGCAACAGUAGGAGUACAAGAUACCAGCAGUCCAGGUGACUCCAAACACAGCAAUGAUCACACUGAGGAUACAGCCUCUGUUGGCAGCAACAGUGACAAUGACAGUGGGAUAUCAUCCAGGACUAUACAAGAUGAAGAGACAGAAAGUAUGCCUCCUCAAAGAAUGUUAAAGACAAGAGCAUUCUAUACCUUGUGGUUCAUCAUGCUAUUGAAUGGACAAGGAGUCGUCUUUAUAUCAUCCCUGUAUAAGGCAUAUGGACAAACAUUUAUAAGAAAUGAUUCCUAUAUGGCAUGGGUAGGAGCUUUUGCAGCAGUAUGCAAUGGAGGUGGUCGCAUUAUUUGGGGUGCUGUUGCUGACAGAUUCAGUUUCAAGGUGGCUAUGCUUUGCAUGAGCUGCACCUUCACAUCACUGAUGCUGACGUUUGGCUUGACCAAGCUGGGUGCAGAGGCCAUGUUCUUCAUUUGGGUGUGUCUGCUCUUCUUUGGAUUUUCUGGAACCUACUCACUCCUGCCUACUGCUACAGCUCGAGCAUUUGGUCCCAAGUACUAUAGUAUGAACUAUGGGAUAGUUUUCACAUCACAGAUCAUUUCAAAUGCCACUGGUGCCUUAUUAACUUCACAGCUAAAAGAUCAGAUUGGCUGGUUUGGCCUGUUCUACAUGGUUGCUGGAUUUUCAUUUAUGAGUUUCCUGUUGACUACAACAUUUAAUGUCAAAAAUCCAGAUGGACUUGAUAUAUAAUCAGACUAUCAGAUAUAAAUAUAUCAUUGCUGUGUACAAGAGCUAUAUAUCACAUGUGUGCCACAGGUGGUGUCCUGGUGAUGACAAAAAUGUAUGAUGAUAUUAACAAAUGAUUUUGAUGUAAUACUCGGCUUGAGUUUCAGAAAAUGUAUGCAGCACAGCACAGCACUUUUUUUUUUUGUUUUUUUGGCUGUUGCUGGGACAUUUAUUGAAUUAGCUGAAACAUGUUGCAGCUAUGCUGAUUAGAUACACUGUGGAAGUUACAGAGAAUGUAAUUACCACAAAGACUGUCAAUCUUCUGCCUGCUGAUGGGAAAGGCGGUAAUUCAGCAGAUAUUUGCUUGUUCCUGUCACAGAUGAAAUACUGCACCCACCAAACCUUAAAAGAUAUGUGCAAUAAAAAAAAAAUUGUACACUAUCCUAUGUUUUAUAACAAGAUGUAUAGCUUGUUACAGAUGCAGCACAGCAUAAUUUUGAAAACAUCUUUGUUGUCCUCUUCCAUAUGAACUUUCGUGAAAGUGAGAAAGAGUGUGUGUGUAUGAGAAUGUUGGAAGGGGGAUGUUUAUUUGAUACAGAGUCCCAAAUUUUUGGCAUUAAUAUAGCCAGUUUUGUUCAUAAUGUUACAAUAAAGAUCUUAAACAUGCUUUUUUUAAGCUAAGCAGACAAUGUGGUUAAAAAUGUCAAACUACUUCAUAAAUAUUUCAUUUGCUUAGAAGGGCUUGGUUUGGCAUUUCAAAUGUAUUCACAGAGCUAUUUUCUGGCUUUAUCGAGUUCUGUUAAAAUCAGUAUUUGUUCUAGGUUUGUACAGACUUUAUAAUAUUUUAUAGAUUAUUUUAAAGAUUUCAAAACUGCCAGUUUGUUGGCAGAACACAGGGAAGGCAUUCUUGUUUUUCACAUUUAAAAAGUUGCUCUGGCCCUCAGGAUGUUGUCUAGUCAUUAAAGGUGACCAAUCACCUCCCUUAUCCCGUGGCGAAUGGCGGAUCAUGUCUUUACCAGCUUUUAAAAUCCCCAGAUGUCACUUUUUUAAUCAAAACAUUGCACAAUCAUGAUUCUGUUGCUGUUUUUUCAGUCUAGAUGUAAAAAUAUAUAUAUGUUAUUGGAGAAUGAAGAUACACAGAAGCUGCAGGAGCACAUGAAUUGUCUUAUUAUGGUAUGCAAGUCCUACAUACAAAUUGGCACAGAAAAAUCAGAGAUCAGUGGAACAUCAGGCAUUUUGUAAUUCAACAUCAAUGGCAUGCAUUGUCAGUCCACCAGCAUAUCCAACAGCAAAGAGUCAAAUGGUUCAACCACUUGACCAGGUUGCCAGUCAACCAUAUAGCACUGAGCACAUACACUUGAAGAUGAUUUGGCAACAGAGCAAAAGGACAGAGGCUGGAUCAAGGGAGUUACAUGGCCUGUCAUCAAAUUUUCACACGUCAUCACCUGCUGUCUCCAUCUCUCCACAUAAAUAUCAAACUUGCCAGAGGACAAUGAAGAAGAGGAGAGGCAGUAUAGCCUGGUGGUUAGUGUGCUUGACUGCAGAGCAGGUCUCUUGUUGUAGACCUGCUCAGACCUGUGGCUGGAUUAACUCACCAUGCAACAUCUGUGAAGGAAUUAGUAUUUGAUAUAUUGGGGAUGUGAAUUUACGUUGGAAGGAGAAAGUUUUAAUUCCACCUUUACAUUCACUGCCAAUCCAGCUUUUACCUUUACAAAUAUGUACAAAACACACACACAGUGCACUUCCCUUCCACAGGCUUGUUAAAUGCAUUUUAAUAUACUGCAUAAUCACUUGUUUCUGUAAUAUUAUAUAAUGAUUAAAUUGUGGAACAGUAUAACAAACUCAAGUUUUCUUGAACAGUUACACAAUUGAUACUUUUAUACUUUUUGCAUAUCAAGAGGUAAUCAUCAGUUUUCUUUCAAAUAUUUUGAAAAACUUAUUUUUACCUGGAUUUUGGAGCUUAUAUAUUAUGGCCUUCACUUUUAAAACAUUUUCACAAUUAGAAGCAUUUUAUUUCAGGUGGUAAUACAAAUGCCAUUUUGAGUCCAGUUACUAAAGCUUGUCUAUAGUUACCGCUCUGUGACUAAACAUUCUUGAACAAUCAUUUAAUAUACAGUCUAAAUUGUUGAGCUCUAGCUGUAGCUCCACUUAAGAGAAAUCAAACUGCUGUCUUUCAGAUUAUUUUUUUGCUUUCAUGUGUACAUACUGCAAUAUUUAUAAAACAAACUUAUUUUGUAAAUUUUUUGAAUAGGAAACUUUGAGUAAAAAUAUUUGAAUGUGAGAAAGUUAAAAGAAGUUGAUCUUUAUUUAUCUAAUAAAUUUAAUGAUGGAAAA